GGUCCAUGCAGAGCACUACUGGCAGAUCUUUCAGGUGACAGCGCCGAAAAAAUGCGAGUGGCCAAUGCACUCUUUUCAUUUUUCUCAGCUAUCGGAAGCGUCCUCGGUUACGCUGCCGGCUCCUACUCUAGCCUCCACAAAAUAUUCCCCUUCACAAAGACCAAAGCAUGCGAUAUUUACUGCGCCAACCUCAAGAGUUGUUUCUUCAUCUCCAUAUCCCUCCUCCUCGUCUUGACCGCCAUAGCACUCAUUUGCGUUAAAGAGCAUGUCUUGGAAAAAGACAUAAUAAAAGAAUCUAAAAAGACAAAGGUUCCCUUCUUUGGGGACCUCAUUUUGGCCUUAAAGGACCUCCCUAGGGCUAUGUGGCUACUUUUAUUGGUGUGUGCCCUAAACUCUAUCGCGUGGUUCCCAUUCUUGUUGUACGACACAGAUUGGAUGGCCAAAGAGGUGUAUGGCGGAAAAGUUGGGAACAUAUUGUACAACAAAGGUGUGCACGCUGGGGCAUUGGGUCUCAUGCUUAAUUCGAUUGUUGCGGGUGUGAUGUCCAUUGUGUUAGAACUCAUGGCACGACGGCUGGGUGGAGUUAAGAAGCUCUGGGCUGGGAGUAACCUUAUAUUAGCCACUUGCUUGGCCAUGACAAUUUUAGUCACUAAAAUGGCUCAGCGUAGUCGUCGAUACGACCCAAACGGCGACAUUCUUCCACCACCUGCUGGUGUCAAAGCCGGUGCCUUCCUUGUAUUUUCUACCCUCGGGAUUCCUCUUGCGGUAAGUCUUUCAUUCAUCAGCUUUUUCAAUUAGAGGUAUGUAGAAUUUUAAGAAAUAAUAUUCUAAUUAUUUCAUUCUAUAAACAUUUAAUAUAUACAAAAACAUAAAUGGGCUCAUGGGCC